UCAACACAUUUUGCUGCUAAUGGGGAUCACGUGACGUCACGAAUGACACGUGUAUUCAAGAUGGCGGCCGCGGCGAUGGAGACGUGGUUGGCCCUGCUGCUGUUGUCCAUGUUGCCUGGAGGGGUCCAGCCCUUUUACGUGCCUGGAGUUGCUCCUAUGAACUUCCACCAGAACAGUGCUGUAGAGAUUAAGGCUGUGAAGCUGACUAGCUCCCGGACUCAGCUUCCCUAUGAAUACUACUCCCUGCCCUUCUGUCAGCCUGAUAAAGUGGUCUACAAAGCAGAGAACCUGGGGGAGGUGUUACGCGGGGAUCGUAUUGUGAACACCCCCUACUCGGUACUCAUGACCCAGGACAGGAAGUGUAAGGUGGUUUGUGCCAAGCUGAAACUCAACGUGCAGCAGAGCAAGCUGGUGGCUGAGCGCAUCCAGGAAGAGUACUAUGUUCACCUCAUCGCAGACAACCUCCCAGUGGCCACGCGACUGGAGUUCUACCCCAACAAAGAGGCAGAGGAGGAGAAGGAUGUGGUGAAGGAUGUUCAGUUUGAACACGGCUACAGACUGGGCUUCACUGAGAGCAGCAAGUUCUACCUUCACAACCACCUGUCUUUCAUCAUCUACUACCACAAGGAGAAGCUGGAGGAGGAGGAAGAGCACAACUACAGAGUUGUACGUUUUGAAGUGGUUCCCCAGAGUGUCAAGGUGGAAGACCUGAAGGCUGAUAAGGGGUUGUGUACCCUGCCUGAGGCCACUAACUCAGCUCCUCAGGAGAUUGACCCCUCCAAGGAGAAUGAGGUUCUCUUCACCUACUCUGUCCGCUGGGAGGAGAGCCAGGUGAAGUGGGCAUCUCGCUGGGACACCUACCUGACCAUGAGCGAUGUGCAGAUCCACUGGUUCUCCAUCGUCAACUCAGUGGUGGUGGUCUUCUUCCUCUCUGGGAUCCUCAGUAUGAUCAUCAUCAGGACCCUGAGGAAGGACAUCGCCAACUACAACAGAGAGGAUGACAUAGAGGACACCAUGGAGGAGUCGGGCUGGAAGAAUGUCCAUGGUGACGUGUUCAGACCUCCACAAUAUCCCAUGAUCCUCAGCUCUCUGCUGGGCUCAGGCAUACAGCUCUUCUGCAUGAUUCUCAUCGUCAUCUUCGUGGCCAUGUUGGGGAUGCUGUCUCCUUCCAGUAGAGGGGCCCUGAUGACCACUUCCUGCUUUCUGUUCAUGUUCAUGGGUGUGUUCGGUGGGUACUUCGCUGGCCGACUUUACCGCACGCUGAAAGGGCAUCGGUGGAAGAAGGGUGCUUUCUGUACGGCCACUCUGUACCCGGCUGUGGUCUUCUCCAUCUGCUUCGUCCUCAACUGUUUCAUCUGGGGAGAGCACUCGUCUGGAGCUGUCCCCUUCGCCACCAUGCUGGCUCUACUCUGCAUGUGGUUCGGUAUCUCCAUGCCACUGGUCUACUUGGGCUACUACUUUGGCUUCCGCAAGCAGCCGUACGAUAACCCCGUCCGCACCAAUCAGAUCCCUCGCCAGGUGCCUGAGCAGCGCUGGUACAUGAACAAGUUUGUGGGAAUUCUGAUGGCUGGGAUUCUACCGUUUGGUGCCAUGUUCAUUGAACUCUUCUUCAUUUUCAGUGCCAUCUGGGAGAACCAGUUCUACUACCUGUUUGGUUUCCUCUUCCUGGUGUUCAUCAUCCUGGUGGUGUCCUGCUCCCAGAUUAGUAUCGUCAUGGUUUACUUCCAGCUCUGUGCGGAGGACUACCGGUGGUGGUGGAGGACCUUCCUGGUAUCAGGGGGCUCAGCCUUCUACGUUCUUGUUUAUGCCAUUUUCUACUUUGUCAACAAGCUGGACAUCGUGGAGUUUAUUCCUUCCCUGUUGUACUUUGGCUACACGGCUCUCAUGGUCCUGUCCUUCUGGCUCCUUACAGGGACAAUCGGUUUUUACGCAGCGUACAUGUUCAUACGGAAGAUCUACGCUGCCGUCAAAAUCGACUGAGUUUGCUUCUGCUGCUUUUUUUAUUUUUUGUUGCCACAUUUUCUUGUUCGGUUUUAAUUUUUGUCUUCUUCGUGUCCAGCAAACACUGACUUCUGUGUAUGGAAGGAAGCAUGAGGUGGGUUUUGUGGAACAGUGCCACCCACAGGCAUAGGGAGAGAACAGCAAGAGGACGCUGCCUGAUAGCUCGACGCUCCCCCCCCCCUCCCUCCGUUAUUGGUGUCCACAGAGACAGAGUUCCUCUGGGACAGUCCAUGUUUUUCCUGUGGUUCACCUUGGACACAACAUGGGCCAAAGCAUGUCAAUUGAAUUGAGUCUCUGUGUGUUUUAGUGUCUGCUUUUUUUGGAAGUUGGACAAUCAAUGAAGUGCAUUGGUUCAGAACUUCACUUUGUUUUAAAAUCAGUUCUCUGUAAAGAUGUUUUAGUCUGACCUUUGUCUCUGUUUCUUUCUCGCUCUCUCUGUCUUUCGGUCUGUCUGUGUCUUUCGGUCUCUUUGUGUGUGUCUCUCUGUCUGUGUGUUAGUUAGUAAGGUUAGUUUAUUUGAGUUUAUAAUCUUUAUUCCAGAUGGUUGGGAGGUCACAUGGUGGUAAUGGCACUAAAAAUUAUUUUGUUUAGCUUGGAAAUGGAAAUCUAACAUUGGAACAAGGAUAUUACAAUAUUCUGUUUUUAUUGCGGUUUCCAUGUCCUGAUGUGACCAUUUCAACCACAACUAAAAAUCAGAAUCUAAAUGUUUUUCCUGGAGAGAAAAAAAAUCUCUCACAUUGAGGUAACCGAUUGUGUAAAAUGAAAUUCUCCUCCGUGAUCAAUUAAUCUGAUGUUGCUAGGGAAGUCGAGGCUUAAGGUGGUUGAAAUAUGAAAUGUUAUGGAACAAAAAAAAGUACCUGUUGAUGGAAAAGUAGUAUUUCUCAUCUUCAAAUCACCUUUUCUAGUUUAUGAGCUUUAGCCUUAGGGGAGAAAUGACUUGUUUUAAAACGGUUGGACACCAUUACAUUUACGAGUCAAUGUAAACAGCUCCAUGGUCUCACUGAACUAUGCAUUUUUUUUUUUGGGGGGGGUGAGAUUGAUCUUUUGUUUUGAACACCUAGUUCAGUGAGACACACCUGCUAUUCUAACUGAAGUUAUUGGUGUUGGUUAUCUCUGAGCAUCAAUGUCUCUACUAGGAUCGCCUGGUCCUUCACUGGGUUUACUCUGAGCAUCAAUGUCUCUACUAGGAUCGCCUGGUCCUUCACUGGGUUUACUCUGAGCAUCAAUGUCUCUACUAGGAUCGCCUGGUCCUUCACUGGGUUUACUCUGAGCAUCAAUGUCUCUACUAGGAUCGCCUGGUCCUUCACUGGGUUUACUCUGAGCAUCAAUGUCUCUACUAGGAUCGCCUGGUCCUUCACUGGGUUUACUCUAUCUGGCUGUCUUUACACAAGUAGCCCACUUCUGAUAUUUUCCCCAAUUAUUGUCAAAAGGGCUGAUCUGAUUGGUCAAAAUACCAAUUAUUGGCAAAAGAGCUGAUCUGAUUGGUCAAAAUACCAAUUAUUGGCAAAAGAGCUGAAUUGGCCUGCCUGUGUAAACACCGGCUCUGUUACCCAGAGUUAGAGUUUCCCACUGGGGCUUCACAUCGUCUUGUAGCUGGAGUUCCUCUGAAGGCUGAGACUGAAAUGCUGAACAUUCUGCCUGUUGAAACACUGGCCCGACACAACAGAUAGAAUGUUCCUUUUGGGGUGUUGGGGACUAAAAACAUUAAAGACCUUUCUAUCUUGGGUAUAUUUUACUCUGUCUCUGAUUACAUCGGCAGCCCAAUUCUUUAAAGACUUUUUUUUCUAUCUAAGAUGAUCUGAUUGGUCAAAAGAGAAGAAGAAAAAUAUAUCAGAAUUGAGCUGCCUGUGUAAACGAAGGCUAUCAAAUGUUAUUCUCAGUGCCAGUUUCCCAGGCCCAGAUUAAGCCAAGUCCUGCACCAAAAAUGAUGAUCCAUGGACCUUUUUAAGUCCAGGAAAAGGUUUAAAUAAAAUUGAGAGCUGAUCUUUCAGGAACAUAACCUUCAGGUCAACAUUACUACCCCACUAGAUUCUUCAUCUGUUUUUUUGUUGUUGAUUAAAGAGCAUAGAAACAGUCUGGUAGAGGUGUGAUUUUCACACAGCAAAGGGUAUUGGGAUAGAACUGCACUGGAAGAGAAAGGGAGGGAAACGGGGCUGAGGGAAAGGGAGGGAACCGGUGCUGAGAGGGAAUUACUCCAUUCUGGAUGACUGAUAAUACAGUGAACCACUGAAUGAAUCAUACCUCUCUGCCUCCUGUCUCCACUCUCCCUUAACAGCUUAUCUCUGCAUCUCUCUCACAUUCACCGCUACAUUAUCCCAUCAGCCAUCUCUACCCUCUACAUUAUCCCAUCAGCCAUCUCUCUCACAUUCACCGCUACAUUAUCCCAUCAGCCAUCUCUCUCUCAUUCCCUGCUACAUUAUCCCAUCAGCCAUCUCUCUCACAUUCCCUGCUACAUUAUCCCAUCGGCCAUCUCGCUCACAUUCACCUCUAUCCCAUCAGCCAUCUCUCUCGCAUUCACCGCUACAUUAUCCCAUCGGCCAUCUAUAACCUCUACAUUAUCCCAUCGGACAUCUCUACCCUCUACAUUAUCCCAUCGGACAGCUCACAUUCACCGCUACAUUAUCCCAUCAGCCAUCUCUCUCACAUUCACCGCUACAUUAUCCCAUCAGCCAUCUCUCUCAUUCACCGCUACAUUAUCCCAUCGGCCAUCUCUCACAUUCACCUCUACAUUAUCCCAUCGGCCAGCUCUACCCUCUACAUUAUCCCAUUGGCCAUCUCUCUCACAUUCACCUCUACAUUAUCCCAUCGGCCAUCUCUACCCUCUACAUUAUCCCAUCGGCCAUCUCUCUCACAUUCACCUCUACAUUAUCCCAUCAGCCAUCUCUCUCACAUUCACCUCUACAUUAUCCCAUCAGCCAUCUCUCUCUCACAUUCACCUCUACAUUAUCCCAUCAGCCUUUUCCUCCCCUCUGCCAGUGUCAAAGUGUUCCUGAUCCACAGACAUACUUCCUCACCUGGGCCCAACAAACAACAUUUCAGGAGAGGAUUUCUACAGAUGUUCUUUUGAUUGACAUGAGCUGUGUAUGUGUGUGAAUGACAUUCUACUAUGUAUGUAAAUGCAAAGCGGUGUUUUUUUUUUUCUCCUGUUGUGGGGCUCUGACUGUAUGUAUAAAGAUCAUGUCAUUGUUUUAGCCAAAAGCAUGGUUUUUAAGAAACUUUAUUUUUCUUUUUUCCCACGUUUUCUUUACAGAAUGUCCAGUUAUAUAAUGUAUGAAACAAUUAAAGUGCUGAUUCGUUGGAAUUUGAA